GAUUUGCUGGCACACCGGGGUAUCUGUCCCCUGAGGUUUUGAGGAAGGAGGCAUAUGGCAAACCUGUGGACAUCUGGGCCUGUGGGGUGAUCCUCUACAUCCUGCUGGUGGGCUACCCUCCUUUCUGGGACGAGGACCAGCACAAGCUGUACCAGCAGAUCAAGGCUGGGGCUUAUGAUUUCCCAUCCCCAGAGUGGGACACAGUCACCCCAGAGGCCAAAAACCUGAUCAACCAGAUGCUGACGAUCAACCCAGCCAAGAGGAUCACUGCUCAAGAGGCCCUCAAGCACCCAUGGGUCUGCCAACGAUCCACAGUGGCAUCUAUGAUGCACAGACAGGAGACCGUGGAGUGCCUGAAGAAAUUCAAUGCCAGGAGGAAACUCAAGGGGGCCAUUCUUACUACCAUGCUGGUUUCUCGAAAUUUCUCCGUGGGCAGCAGGCAGACCACCGCUCCAGCCUCUGUCACUGCAGCUGCAGCAGCUGUGGCUGCAGCCGCCGGCACCACAGCAGGGCUGGUGGAACAAGCAGCCAAGACUUUGCUCAACAAAAAGGCAGAUGUCAAGAAACGCAAGUCCAGCUCUACUGUCCAGUAUAUGCCCCAGACAAACAGCACCAAAAACAGCAUAGUCACCAGCCCCAAAGGAAACAUCCCUUCGCCCGCUCUGGAACCUCAGACAACUGUCAUCCAUAAUCCGGUGGACAGGACAAAGGAAUCGUCGGACAGCAGCAACACCACUGUGGAGGACGAAGAUGUGAAAGGGAAGAGCUUAGACAACAGCUCGCUUAAGGCGCAGUCCAGCACAAGCUCCCAACCUGAUAGCUCUCAGAGCUCCUCAGCUGCUGUGCACUCUGCCGCAAAGUUCGCUGACCUGCUGGGCUCAGUGCGUAGGGGAUCAGGGCCCGUAGCUGACGGAGAAGGGAGAGCCAACACUCCACCUCCCUCUGCCCUCUCUGCCCCCUCCCCUCCACACACCCCGGUAGUCCCCAUGCAGAUGUCUCGGCUCACAGACCUGGUAAGCAGCGUUCGCAGGGCGCCGGCGGCCCCUGCGCCCGAAGUCGAUGCCGCGCCGGCGCCGGUACCUAGUGCCAGGCCUACCCCUCCACAUGCACACACCACUUCCCCACCUCCCCCUCACUCCCCCUCCAGCCCUCCCCUGUCUUCCUCCCAGACACGCAAGCAAGAAAUUAUCAAGAUAACCGAACAGCUGAUAGAGGCCAUCAACAACGGAGACUUUGAGGCAUACGCUAAGAUCUGCGACCCUGGACUGACUUCAUUUGAGCCGGAGGCCCUCGGCAACCUGGUAGAGGGAAUGGAUUUCCACAGAUUCUACUUUGAGAACCUUUUGGCUAAGAACAGCAAGCCGAUCCACACCACCAUCCUGAACCCCCAUGUGCACCUGAUCGGCGAGGAUGCAGCCUGCAUCGCCUACAUCCGCCUGACUCAGUUUGUUGACGGCCAGGGUCGGCCGCGGUCCAGCCAGUCAGAGGAGACUCGCGUCUGGCAUCGCAGAGACAGCAAGUGGCAGAACAUCCACUUCCACUGCUCAGGCGCACCAGCUGCGCCACUCCAGUAAGGGUUAAGUGCUGUAGUUUCAUCUGUCAGGAGUGCUCUGCUGGAGAGAGGAGGAGGCAGAGGAGGAGGAUGAGGAAGGGGUGAAAGAACACGUCCAGCAGUGGUCUGGGAGCUCUUUGUCCUCCAACAACAAACUGGACGCCCGGCCUCAACCCCCUCCCAGCAUGCAUCUCUUCUUUUACUACUACUGCCCCCUGUUUGUCACCUGUCCUACCGCACCUUCUGACAACUGUCGAACAGCAGCAGCGUCCUUCAUCCCUCACGACUUCCUCUUCUUCCCUCCGGCACGCUGGGUGUUUGAUGGGGGUGGGGGUGUUUUUCAGCACUGGGUGUGAUUCCUUCCUGUGGUCUUUUGUGACACCAACCCUCUUGUCCUCCUGUGAAUCCACACUUGUGCGACAUAAACACUGCACUGGAAAUACAGUAUGUAAAGUUUUAAGUAAAAUCUAUUAUCAUUACUCUAUUAUUAUGAUUAUUAUUAUAAUUAUUAUUACACAUUUGCAAUUGUAUAUGUAAUUUGUAUAAUUCAGAUGAUGCCAGUGGUUUUUAGAGUUAAAGAAAAUCGUUUUUUUCUCUAUCUUUUUAAGGAAGCAUGUCCCCCUGCCCCAUAUUUACAGUGGCUGUUUUUUAUUGUGGCUAUUAAGUGGAAAUGAUAUUGGCAGUUUUUGUAAUUUGCUUCUUGUAUGUUAGCUAUAACAGUGUGCCCAAACUCAUGGUUAACAUGUUUUUGAUUGUGCGUUUGCAGUUUUAUUUUUUAAUGUUAUUUUAAUUGUAUUUUCUUUUUUGUUCUUCUUUUUUUUUUUUUUUUUUUUUUUUUUUUUUUUUUUUGGAAGGGGUGCGUCUGAUGGGCGUCCAUGUAGAGAUCGAGCCCUGAAGUGUGUGUAUGGGUGUGCUGAGUAAGUGCAUGUUAGUCCAGUCACGAUAAGUCGGUACAGUUGGAGGAACUUGUCGUUUCUCCCUUGCUGCAAAGUAAAAGACAGGAGAACAGGUUUGCUUAACUGGGCUUCAAAUCAAAGCAAACAGCAUGCAGCAGGAGUGCUACUUUCCAACACCGGUGACGCCCUAAUCUCGGACUGUCUGAGCUGAUGGGUGUAAAACGAAGCAGUAACAAGAACAUGGACAUGAAGAGGUUUGUCUCUGUGACCAGGAUGCUUGAUUCUAGAGGGAUGUAUCAAGCUGUUGUAAGAAAAAUGUGUCACGGUGAAACCUCUGCUCCAAUGAAGGCUAUUCAUUGCUGGUAUUUGAAAAAACACAGAUGAUUAGGAAUGGUUAUAAAGUAACUGAAGCUGAGUACAUCAUAGUGCCUGUUGCCUCUUAGGUUGUUAUAAAUAAUUUCUUUUGAUGGGAUAAUUUGGCUUCUUUCAGGUGAAUUAUAUGAGGCAUUUAUUCACAUUCAGUAUAUUACUUACACUAGAUCGAGGUCAGCAGGCGGCUAGCUUGGUGAAGCAGGGAGGAGUACUUUUAUAGAGGCUGUAUUGUACUGGGCUCGAUUAACAGCAAAACCCAGUUAAAAGAAAUUAAAGUUUGCAUUAUAAUUUAGAAUAUUUCCCAAAAGCUCAAAAAUCAAAAAAAAAAUUAAUUUGCUGCACGACAAAUAAUAAUAAUGUUCCUGCGACUGAAACUUUACAGUGUUGAAGAAACGCUUGUAGAGUUUCAGGAGAAUAACUCACGGCAAGAAACUCAAUGUGAAUUGGAACAAAGUGCUGUACUAACUUAAAUUAUUAAUGGAUUUCAAGACUUUCAAACAGGUUAGAAAGGACCACAAUUUAUUAAACAAUAUCAGAUAUAUGUAUUUCAUCUUAUAGUGACCAUCUUGUGAAGGUGAAUGUGUUUUGUUAUAACCAAUAAUGAAUCAGAUAUGCUGAAUAUUAUUAUAGCGUACAGAUAAUUUGUUCUGAAAUAGUCUGGUCAGGGUUGCUUUGACGUGCUGUUUCCUAAACCUUGCUUCUCUCACGAAUCUCUGUGAAUGCUGGUUCAGCCUUCACCCCACCUGGAGAUGGUUUUAUUUUCUGGUCAGUGGUGCAGAAAAGGUGUUUGGCAGAGAGAUGGGAUGUUGGGCGAGUCCUGCUGUUUGCUAGGCGACAGCUGAAUAUCAGAGCUCUGUGGUCUUUCCUGAACGUGUGAGGUAUUUUUAAGUUCCAAAAAUCUCGGUGAAAAACAGCAGGUCCUUUUUCCCCCCCACUCAAAAUGACAAAAGCAGUCAGCACAUUGAAGAAAGGAUCCCGGUAGAUGUUUGAGCUUUCUCACUUCCAGAGCCACAGCACAGCACGCUGGUGCUGCAGCUUCGUCUAAACGAAGCACACGCAGAUCAGCGUAACGCCCAUAUCAGCGAUGAAGAAUGAAGGCUGCGUUUGGCUGGGCGUGUGCAUUUUGCUAGUCUUUUGCCACAGGUGCAAUAUUUAUGUGAGUGUGUCUGCACGCAUGUACAUAGGUUGCUUUCAGUGUGUAUUCUUUACAAGCCUGGGAGGAUAUUUUGGAAGUGUGUGCCGUGUGGAUGAUGAAAUGAGAAGGCUUUUUUUUUUUUCGGAGGACACAUCAGUCCCCUGCCUUCAGCCCAGGACUGUUUUCAUCUGCUUUCUUUCAUGUGUUUUUUUUUCUUUUUUUCAUGCUUUUACUCUGUUAUUUUGGUUUGUUUGUGUUACAGUAAAGUGUUAUCAGCUUUUUAUGAUAUAAAGUGCUUGUGCCAGAGGUGGCAGGACUGAACGGAUGGACUUUGCAGCACUGAAAACUGAUUUUGUGGAGGUUUGACUUUUCAUCAGCUCCACUUUACUUUGCUCAUCCACCAUUGGCUGCCUUCACAUUUGUCUCGCCCCUAUUGGUCAGACCAAGAUAGAAAAAGACCGCUCAGUCGUCUUGGUGAACAGUCCUCAGGUUUUAAUUUAUUUUGAAUAUUUAUUUAUUUAUUGUAGUCGACAUUUUUACUGUGCUUUUUUUUUUUUCUUUUCCUAUUGUACAAAUCAUGCACUUGUGCAAGUGCUGUCUGCAGUUGUUUAAAGAGACGAUGCUUCAUGUAUAAACAUGACUGCUUUUAAAUGGAUAGUACACCCAAUCUGCAUUCUGCAUGUGUUUUUGUGUAACGACCAACAUGGUGGAAAUGACUUUUGCUUUUUCUGCUGUUUUUCUUCUGCAGAUUUACAUUUUUUGCUGUUUUACGUUGUCCAUUUUUUCCUUCUACUUAAUGUCAUUACCACUUUUACAGAGUGGGAUACAUGUUUGCUUUGAAAUUCAUAUGAUACAGGACUGUAUUUUGUGUGAACUGUCCCACCCAACACUUCGCCUUUUUGAUAAGAUGGUGAAGAUUUUGUCAGAUUAACUUUUUUUUUUUUCUUGCAGUAAACAACAGAGAUGUUGUAUCAUACUUGUGUCUCAUCUAGUAAUGAUUUUCAUGUCUAGUUCAGCCUGUUCUAAUACUCAAAGGUCAAAGGUUACCUUUGACCACACAUAUGUGCGUGACCGUGCUAACAUGACCCCCUCCCUCCAGAAAAAGAAGAAAAAGCAGCAUGUACAGUACAAAGGUGUCGUUCUUCUGUUCUUCUUUGUGUGUUUCUAAACUUUAAAAUCAUGAUGAGAUUCACAUAUUUAAAAUGAAGGAGUUCACAGUAUUACACAACUGCAACUAACAAGCAGAGUAGCUGGCCUUUUUUUCCUUGCAUGACAGUCAACAGGACACUUGUUUUUACUUGUUUUUACUUGUUUUUUGGUGUUUUUCUUUUUAUUUGGGUUCAUUUUCUACUGAAUGCUGGUAUACUCGACCUUUCUCUCUCUAUUUUCUCAGCUUUUUAAGUGCAUAUAACUAUUUUUGUCUCCAGAUGAUAUAAUGAAGAUGAUUAUAAUGAUAAGGAAUAUUAUAUAUAGAUUAUAGAACUGAGGAUGACUAUGAGGAAGUUGACAGUUAUGAUGAUGAUGAUGUGAUGAUGAUUAUUUGGCAUGCUUCUCUAUGGGGCUCUGUGUUGCCAGUGCAGACUGGCUGCCUUUUGUACAUAGCUGAGUGACCGUCAGCACCAAGAGUCAGUGCUGCUUCAAAGAGUAAAGAUGCUCCAGCAGGGGGCGCUGUCACACAAAAUAAAGCACAAACGCACACUGACGGCAGCUUGAUGCUUCUAAUGUAGCUGCAGAAUAACUUUAGAUCAAACAGACAAUCCAGUCAGAGACAUCAGCAGUUCAUCAGUGUAGAAGAAGAACCAGCUUCCAUUCAGAUUAUUGAUCAGAGCUGCACAGUUAGGACUAAAAUGAAACUGAUGCCUCUAAUAAAUCAUCAUCUGUAAGAAUCAUCAAAGGUGAAAUAAGGAACAGUGAUUCAUUGUGCAGCCCUGCAUAUAAACUACAUGAAGUGUCCUCCUCUUGAGGCCACUGUGAGCUCUGCUGCCUUCCUGUUAUUUAGUCAGAUGAAGCAUCACUGAGAUGAGCUGGAGCCACUCUGAACUUCUGCCAUCUUCUUUUUACAGUCACUGACUGAGCUGCACUGACAACACUGAGCCGGCUUCUCUUCAUAGGGUGUCUUUCACUCUUUCCCCACUCUCUCUGUUUCCAACCUUGUUCCAUCAUUUCUCUGCAGUUGGCUCUUUCUACUUUUCCUUUGUCUCUUUUUGUCACUUUGGGUUUCUUCUGUAUAAUAAUAUUAAUCCUCUAGUUCUCUGAUUCUUCUGAUUAUUGCUCUGUUCUCUUACGUGCUUCACGUGUUUCUCUAACUUCAAUAAAAUGUGUUAAGGUGUUAUCAAUAAAAUGACAGUUUAAAUAGAAA